GUUUUUUUGGGACUUGCUCUUUUUCUCUUCUCCAAAGCUUUGUUCAUCUGCAAAUGCACACGCUCUCAUUCUCCAUUUUCCCCAAAUCCAAGUAUAUGAGAAAGAUGUUUUCGGAUCAUUUAACUGAUGAGAGUUGAAAUGAAUGGCUAAAAUUUGGGGCUGACAGGUGAUUGGUGAAGCUUUAGGUGUUCAGUUAUUGUGGUGGGUUUCAGGUGGAAUUUAGGACUGAUAUAGUCGUUUGUCUAGGAAUUUAUGUUUGGGAAUUUGGAAAACUAGUGGCUUCAAGUAAAAGUACUUACAUGGGAAUUCAGACAAUGGGGUCUCAAGGUGAUAGUGGUAGUAAUGGCAAACAGUCACAGUUUCAGCAUUUAACAUGGCAAAAUUCGAUGUAUAGUCUUACGCUGGAUGAGGUUCAAAAUCAGUUGGGUGACUUGGGAAAACCUCUAAGUAGCAUGAACCUAGAUGAGCUUCUCAAGAAUGUAUGGACAGUGGAGGCUAACCAGACUUUUGGUAUGGAAACUGAAGGCACAGCACUGACCAAUCAAACUACUCUGCAGCGUCAGGCGAGUUUUUCAUUAACUAGUUCUUUGAGCAAGAAGACAGUUGAUGAGGUUUGGAGAGAUAUUCAACAAAGCAAAAAUGAUGGGGAAAAGAAAUCUAGAGAAAGGCAGCCUACCCUUGGAGAAAUGACAUUGGAGGAUUUUCUUGUGAAAGCAGGAGUUGUUGUUGAAGCGUCUACAGAUAAAGGUGGUGCUUCUGUUGCUGGGGUUGAUCUAAGUGUUGCACCGCAGUUUGCACAACAAGGUCAGUGGAUGCAGUACCCACAAUAUCAGCAUCCACAACAAGGCAUAAUGGGGGUUUAUAUGCCAGCCCAACCUAUGCCACAGCCUUUAGCCAUAGGGGCUACUGCUGUAAUGGAUGUCUCUUACCCAGAGAACCAGGUGCCAUUGCCAUCGCCUUUGAUGGGAACAUUAUCAGAUACACAGGCAUCUGGAAGGAAAAGAGGUGCCCCUGAGGACAUGGUUGAAAAAAAUGUUGAAAGGAGACAGAAGAGGAUGAUAAAGAACAGGGAAUCUGCUGCACGUUCACGAGCAAGGAAGCAGGCUUAUACUAAUGAACUGGAGAACAAAGUUUCACGUCUAGAAGAGGAAAAUGAGAGGCUGAGGAAACGAAAGGAGCUGGAGAAGAUGCUGCCUUCUGCACCACCUCCUGAGCCAAAAUAUCAGCUUCGUAGAACGUCAUCAGCCCCAUUCUAACAAUCGCCUACUGGCUAGUGUGAGAGUUUUGCAUAUACCGUGAGCUUCUGGCUUCUGUUUCUGGUUUCAAUUGAGGCAUAAGCUAAGUGACCAAAACAAUCUGCAUCUUCUAGAGGCAGCUGUUGUUUCAUAUGCUGCUGACGGUUGCUUCUUCCUUCUGAGAGGUUUUUCAUGUAUCUACUUUUUACAGUGAAGUCAAUUCAAGUAGAAAUAUUCAUGUUACCAUUUGUACUUUCUAAACAUUGUGUGUUAAGAUAGUAAGAUUUGUCCCUAAAUGUGUAGUUUUGAGCGUUUUUUACCUCUUGAUAUGAGCAUUUCGCCAUUUUAGUGAAGUUUAUAAUACAACAAAACACACGCAUACAAAC